AUGGAUGGGCGCAAUUCCUCGCAGAGAUUUGCUGAUAGCCCAAAGCCAUGUAACAGAAGGAACGUGUCUGGAAAGCCUACGAGGCUGGAUUCUAAUGACCAUGGACAUCGCCAAGGAUCGAAAGCCUGCGGAAUGCCGGCCAGGAUGUAUUCUAAUGACCACGGCGAUCGCCAGGGCUUGAAAGCCUGUGAAUUGGCAGCCAAGAUGGAUGCUGAUGACUAUGGCGAUCGUCAAGGCUCGAAAGCCUGCGGAGGCGAUCGUCAAGGCUCGAAAGCCUGCGGAUUGGGGACCAGGGAGGACACUAAGGACCAUGGCGAUUGCCAAGGCUUGAAAGCCUGUGGAUUGGGAACCAGGACUGAUGCGAAUGACCAUGGCGAUGGUCAAGCCCUGAAAGCCUGUGGAUUGGGAACCAGGAUGGAUGCUGAUGACCAUGGUAAUCGCCAAGGCUUGAACGCCUGUGGAGUUUCAACCACGAUGGAUGAUGCUAAUGAAUAUGGCGCUCGGCAAGGCCUGAAAGCGUGUGGAACGGCAACCAAGACGGAUGCUAACGACCACGGUGAUCACCGAAGCUUCAAAGUCUGUGGAAUGAUAGCCAAGCCAGAUGCCAAUGACCAUGGCAGUCACCAAGGUCCGGUUAAGCCAGCUGAGAGAUUAGAUCACCUUCUCAACCAUCCAGCAAACAGAUGUUGUGCUGACUGCGGUGCUCCAGAUCCAAAAUGGGUAUCAAUGACUUUUGGUGUUUUCAUUUGCAUCAAGUGUUCAGGAGCUCAUAGAAGUCUUGGAGUACACAUAUCCAAGGUGGUUUCAGUGAAGCUAGAUGAGUGGACAGACGAACACGUUGAUCUUCUGGCAGAUUCAGGUGGGAAUGCUGCAGUAAACAUGAGAUACGAGGCAUUUGUGCCUGAAAACUACACGAAGCCAAGGCAAGAUUGUUCAUCAGAGGAGCGCAGCGAUUUUAUUAGGCGAAAAUACGAGGUUCAACAAUUUUUGUCUAACCCGCAGCUGUCAUGCCCUCCACGACGCAACGACAAACAUAGUCACCAGCAGCAACAUAGUGGUUCAAGUCGACAUGGUUUAGGCCAUUCUUUCAAGAACAGCUGGAGGAGAAAAGCAGAACACGAGCAGAAAGCAGUAAAGAAAACAAUGGAGUUGGGUAUGGUAGAAUUCAUUGGGUUGAUGAAGGUCGAUGUCAUCAGAGGCACAAAUCUAGCUAUUCGUGAUGUGAUGUCAAGCGAUCCUUAUGUUAUUAUUAACCUAGGACACCAGUCCAUGAAAACGAAGGUGAUAAAGAGCAGCUUGAAUCCUGUGUGGAAUGAGAGGCUUUUGCUAUCGAUACCUGACCCAAUACCGCUGCUUAAGCUGCAAGUCUUGGACAAGGACACGUUCACCACCGACGACCGGAUGGGGGAGGCUGAGAUCAACAUCGAGCCGCUGGUUGCUGCAGCCAGAGCCUAUGAGGCCGCCACUAUCACAGAUACUGCGCAGCUUAACAAAUGGAUGGCAAAAGAUGGCAUCUGGAUCCCGAGGGACAGCGCCAUCUCCAUCGUCAACGGCAAGGUGAAGCAGGCGGUCACUGUCCGGCUUCAGAAUGUUGAGCGCGGGCACCUUGAGAUGGAGCUCGAGUGCGUCCCUCUCACUCAAUAGCUGUCUGCAGAAAAAAAAAACGGGUCUCGCAGCAUUCUGCUACACAACAUACAUAGGCACACGAACAGGAAUUCAACCAUACGCUCGAGGCUUCCAUGUAUUGAUUAUUAUACCUGUAAAGUUGGGAAGGAACAUAGGAUGUAAGUUGCGACUUGUCCUGGGGAAUGAGUGAAAGGCCAUUUUAGCGCGGCCUUGCUUGGUUUCAGGCUUGUUUGGCAGAAGUCCAGCUUCGCUUGAUUUGUGUUCACGAGCCUCUGUUUAUUUGUAACAACCAUCAAAACUGCUGCAAAUACUUUAGAACACAUGGGGGAAGAAUGGCGAUUCUGCGCUGUAUAUGUGUGGACAACAAAACAAGAUAAAGAGAACCACCCCC